AUGAGUUAUGAGCACCGUCGGGAUUGGGGCCGCGGGGGCGGCCGCGGGGGCGGCGGCGGGCCUCGCUCGUCCCAGUCGUCGUCGUCCUCGGCCUCCGCAGGCCGUAGCGGCGGGGGAGGCGGCGGCGGCGGAGGAGGAGGAAGAGGCGGCGGUCGCGGCCGCCCUCCUCCUCACCUGAAGGGCCGCGAGAUAGGCCUGUGGUACGCGCGGAGGCAGGGCGAGAAGAGCAAAGAGGCCGAGCGGGAGCAGAGAGCUGUGGUGCGAAUGGAUGAGCGCAGAGAAGAACAGAUUGUGCAGUUGCUGAACACCGUCCAGAGCAAAACUGAAAAAGAACAGGAAGCCAUGUCUUGGUGGUCUGAUGAGGAAGGGUACACGAAGGAGGCUCCUGCAAAACCAAAGCCAGUUGUGGAGAAACCUGUUGUGGAGAAGGCUCCUGAGAAAGCAAGGCCUGUCUUGGGGAAAACAUUCCUGGAUCGAGAUUCAGAAUAUCUCCUAGAAAAAAAUAAGCCAGAUACUGGUUUAGAUGAGCUACUUAAAGAAGAACUGGAAAAGAAAAAAUCUGAUUCCAGAUAUACUGAAAUGCAGAAAUUUCGUGAAAAACUGCCUUCUUAUGGGAUGAGAAAGGAACUCGUAAGCCUUAUAAACAGUAGUCGGGUAACCGUUAUAAGCGGCGAGACUGGUUGUGGGAAGACAACCCAAGUUACUCAGUUCAUUCUGGAUGACUAUAUCGAAAGAGGCAAGGGGUCUUCUUGCAGGAUUGUAUGCACUCAGCCGAGGAGGAUCAGUGCCAUCUCUGUAGCAGAGAGAGUUGCAGCAGAAAGGGCUGAAGCGUGCGGUAAUGGAAAGAGCACUGGAUAUCAGAUUCGGCUUGAAAGCCGGUUACCAAGGAGACAAGGUUCAAUUUUGUACUGCACAACUGGAAUUGUCCUACAGUGGCUCCAGUCAGACAAGCAAUUGUCCAGUGUUAGUCAUGUAAUCCUUGAUGAAAUCCACGAGAGAAAUCUUCAAUCAGAUGUUUUAAUGUCAAUUAUUAAAGAUCUCCUAAGUGUACGGCUAGACCUCAAAGUAAUACUAAUGAGUGCAACGCUGAAUGCAGAGAAGUUUUCAGAAUAUUUUGAUCAUUGUCCCAUGGUCCAUAUUCCUGGGUUCACCUACCCUGUCAAGGAAUACCUUCUGGAAGAUGUAAUCGAGAAACUACGGUAUGUUCCAGAAAAUGCAGAUCACAGACCACACUGGAAAAAGAGGUUCAUGCAAGGACACAUAAGCAGGCCAGAAAAGGAAGAAAAAGAAGAAAUAUAUCGUGAGCGAUGGCCAGAUUAUUUAAAGCAACUGACAGGAAGGUAUUCAGAAAGUACAAUUGAGGCAUUGGGAAUGAUGGAUGAUGAUAAAAUUGACCUUGACUUGAUUGCUGCACUGAUCAGAUAUAUUUCUCUUGAGGAAGAGUAUGGUGCAAUACUAGUAUUUUUGCCUGGAUGGGACAACAUCAGCACUCUGCAUGAUCUUCUGAUGUCUCAAGUUAUGUUUAAAUCAGAUAGGUUCCUUAUCAUUCCUUUGCAUUCAUUAAUGCCUACUGUUAAUCAGACCCAGGUUUUUAAAAAGACCCCCUAUGGAGUUCGUAAAAUCAUAAUAGCAACCAAUAUCGCUGAAACCAGCAUCACCAUAGAUGAUGUGGUGUAUGUGAUAGAUGGCGGAAAGAUAAAGGAAACUCACUUUGACACACAGAACAACAUCAGUACGAUGGCUGCUGAGUGGGUCAGUAAAGCAAAUGCCAAGCAAAGGAAAGGUAGAGCAGGAAGAGUCCAGCCAGGUCACUGCUAUCAUUUGUACAAUGGUCUGCGUGCCAGUCUGCUGGACGAUUAUCAAUUGCCAGAAAUCUUGAGGACGCCUUUGGAGGAACUCUGUUUACAAAUCAAGAUUUUAAAGCUUGGAGGAAUUGCUCACUUUCUGAGUAAGCUCAUGGAUCCACCGUCUCGGGAUGCUGUGUUGCUGUCCAUAGAUCAUCUCAUGCAGCUGAAUGCCUUGGAUAGACAAGAGGAAUUGACUCCCCUUGGGGUUCACUUGGCACGGUUACCGGUGGAGCCACACAUUGGAAAAAUGAUUCUCUUUGGAGCAUUGUUCUGUUGCUUAGAUCCUGUCCUCACUAUAGCAGCCAGCCUCAGCUUCAAGGACCCGUUUGUCAUCCCUCUGGGCAAGGAAAAAGUAGCAGAUGCAAGAAGAAAGGAAUUGUCAAAGAACUCAAAAAGUGACCAUCUGACAGUUGUGAAUGCUUUCCAGGGUUGGGAAGAAGCCCAGCGCCGUGGCUUCAGAUGUGAAAAAGAUUAUUGCUGGGAAUAUUUUCUUUCUUCGAAUACAUUGCAGAUGCUGCGUAACAUGAAAGGGCAGUUUGCAGAACACCUCCUUGCUGCUGGGUUUGUGAAUAGCAGAAGCCCCAAAGACUCCAAAUCCAACAUUAACUCAGACAAUGAGAAGUUACUCAAAGCUGUUAUAUGUGCUGGCUUGUAUCCAAAGGUUGCAAAGAUCCGAGCAAACUUCAGCAAAAAAAGGAAAAUGGUUAAAGUUUCCACUAAAACAGAUGGAACAGUUAACAUUCAUCCUAAAUCUGUCAACGUUGAAGAGGCAGAAUUUCAUUACAACUGGCUUGUUUAUCACUUGAAAAUGAGAACAAGCAGUAUAUACCUGUAUGAUUGCACAGAAGUUUCGCCGUACUGUUUGCUGUUCUUCGGAGGAGACAUUUCUAUCCAGAAGGAUAAAGAUCAGGACACCAUUGCUGUGGACGAAUGGAUUGUCUUCCAGUCUCCAGCACGAAUAGCCCAGUUAGUGAAGGAUUUGAAGAAAGAAUUGGAUGACCUUCUGCAAGAGAAAAUAGAAAACCCACACCCUGUGGACUGGAACAAUACUAAAUCAAGGGACACUGCAGUACUGACAGCCAUUAUAGACUUAAUCACAACACAGGAGAAUGAAACCGCCAGAAACUUUGCCCCCCGUUUCCAGAACGAACGAUACAGCUAGCAGUGUUCCUUUGCCGCUGAAGAAAUGACAGCACUACCUGAUUCUUUUUUGUUAAUAGUUUAUCUUGGGCAUCUUGAAAUGUCACAUGUAGUGAAUAGGCAGUGUCAGUAGUUUGCAGUAGUUCAGAAUGGCUACACGUGUAUGGCAUGCAACGUAUAAAAUGCGACGUAUAAA